AUGUCGCGGGAAGUUGAGUCAGUAACUAACUAUCUACUUCAAAACCGCAUCCGUGGCAUUGGUGUCGUGGAACCCCAGUGGAUGUUUCUGUUUGCUGUGCGCAAGCUGGCACAAGCUCAUAACCGAACCAAAAACUUACGUGGAACGAUUCCCGGUACCAACUUAUCGCUUAAGUGUUCUGUCGUCGUGGUCCAUUCUAUUAUUGUUCUUCUUGGUCCACAGGGUUCCGUCAGUGCUUUGGAUGCGAUGCAAGCCACCCGUCAUUCACAAGGAACAUGUGAAAAGAAUGAGGGCGUCGACAUGUUGACAGGCAGGGGAUACCCAGCUAUGAAGGCAUGA